CGGCAAAACUGAAUGGCUGGUCAUCCUAUGUUAAAUAUUAUCCUACAUUUUCACCUUCCGUCUAAAUCUGAUCUGGAAAAGACGUGUUUGAUCUCUUUCUGGGAACCUACAUUCACUCUACAGGUUUUACAGACUGAUUCCACUUUGAAACAUGAAAAUUUUACAUUCAGAUGAGUUAAAAAUAGCGGAGACUACUUUAUAUGCACAUCUGCCUAAAUCCAUAAAGGUUUAUGGAUUUCUUUUCGCCAUGAACAGAGGGAUACCGCACGGUUUAGAUGUAGUGGUGGAUAAGUGGCCAGCUUUUACCACUAUCAUUGUGCGACCAGAUCCAAAUGGCAAUCCAGCAGAGUGCUUUCUGAAAAAGGUGACUGUAUACAGCACAGACGAAGAAGCCCUGAGAGCAAUGCUUGAAGUGGAAGAUGCAAUUGACUGGAGCACAAACUUCCUAAUAGGAGGAUGUGAUGCACGUCAUUCACCGAUGCUGAAGGAAGUAGCUGCUUCUCGGGGUGUCGGUAUUAAAAUAUUUUCCUUUGUACACCUUAUGGCAUUAACCGAGUCCAGUCAUUUACCUGAACUGAUUACCAGUGACCUUGAGUCCAGACUGUCUGUCCUCAAUGAAUCGCAUGCCUAUUUGGUUAAUAAGACAUGGAAAUUUGGUGGGGAUGACAAAAGUUACAGGAAUAUACUGAAUCUCAUUAGACAUUUUCCCUCAUGCUGCAUUACAGAUGAAAACAAUGAGCCUGUGUGCUGGGUGCUGGUAUAUGAUUACUGUGCCUUGGGGAUGUUGUACACUCAGCCAGAGCAUCGCGGAAAGGGCUAUGCCAAAGCCCUGGUGACCAUAAUGGCAAAGAGGCUCCAUUCUCAGGGCUAUCCUGUGUUCUGUUUCAUUGAAGAAUCCAAUCCGCUUUCCUACAAACUAUUUAAAAGCCUGGGUUUUACAGAGGACCCCUCUUACAGGGCUGUCUGGCAUGAAUUUUUUUGUUAGUUUGAAUACUCUUGUAUUCGUUCACUUUCAAAACUCAAAAAAAAGGGAUUUUUUUUAUGGAUGUUCCCUUGUAAUCUUUAAUCAGGGCUGGACAAUAAUCAAUUCCUGAUGGGCAACAUAUUUUUCUUUUUUCACUCAGGUAUAUAUUACACUAGAGAUAGAGAAUUAACAUGAUUUUAGUCUGUCAUAGACCGAACUUUCGACUUUUUAACGGUUUAGCCAUCGAACCGUGGAUGUGAAAUCUGAAGCUGAGACUAACAUGACUGCGAUUAAUAUUUUUGUAAACAUUUUUGUAAACUGAUAGAAAGUUUACAAAGGUUUAUUUUAGAAAUGCUACAGCCUCUAUAAUUUCUAGAACAUUACAAAAAUUAACCGUGAUUUUUUGUGUUAUUUCUGAAUGUUUGACUAAAAUCAAUCAAAUAACUGUAUUAAUAAAACUAGUCAUAGGCUAACUGUCUAGAGCUACAACUGUAAUUUAUGAAUAACAAUAAUUUGUUUAUUAACUUAUAAUAUUUGAGAGAGGGGGCAUGAUACAUUAAUGCUUAGGGCACCCAUUUGGCCAGCAGUGGCCCUGUAAAAAUGAGGUCAAACCACCAGUCUGUAAGCUGAGUAACUGGGAACAUCCUAUCCGAAGUUAUUUUAGCUGAAGUUAUUUUAGCUGAAAAUUAUUUUGUUUCUCAAGAGUAUUUACAUGACAGACAGAAGAUAUGCCACUGUUGUGAAAUAAAUCUCAAGGCACUUUUAUCUUGCUUGCAGGGAAACUAUGUGGCUGCAGUGUCAUCUUAAUUAGUGCUGUCAAAUGAUUGAUCAUGAUUAAUCACAUACAAAAUAAAGGUUUUUGUUUGCAUAA